CCCACCCAAGGCUCAAGUUUGGGAUUACUGAAGGGACAGCGGCUGGACAGAGCGGAUGAAGAAAAAGUAGGACAGCCUGAUUUGAGAUGUCUUGGAGAGGAGGACGGAAAAUGGUUGAGAAAGAAAAGAAACAAGGAGGCAGUGGAGUAACUCAGCAGUGACUGAACCUUACUGACCACAGAGGAGCCCAGUGGUUUGGAGAGUUGAUUGGAAGCACGGUUGCCGUAGUUACCUGAGGGACACUCUUGCGCUGGGUGCUGUAUAUUGUAUUCAUUUGCAGCAGGGUUUGCUGACUAGAGCCCUGGCUGGCUCACCAUUUAUUUACCAGAGGCCCUGGCUGGCUUGUUUUAUUACCAUCUGUUGAUGACACAGCCACCGUCUUCCAUCAGAUAGCAACGUGCUACGCAGUUCACCUACACUCACGCCGUCCUUUCCAACACUGUGGAUAUUAGCCCUGCCAGUCAGAGCCGCGUCGCACCUCAGGACUGCCACCGUGCCACUGUGUGUGUGCGGGAGCGUGAAAGUGUGUGUGUUGGAGCUGUGCGCAGUAGAGCGAGGCGCUUUGCUAGACUGGGCUCAGCACCGUGUGAUGAGACAUAUCGCACCCACUGAUGGGUAGGAGCGAGGUUGGCGGUGUUACACAUUCGGCCUAAAAUUCGGUCUCAGUUUGGCACUUGUCAGAGCAGUGGCUUUUAAUAUUUGAUGUGUGUUUGAUGUAGCGUGGCGGGAUCUGUAGCUACUGGACUGAUUUCAUUCGCUUGAACUGCUACUGGUUUGAACAUGAUAGCACAUAUACUAGCUACAAUAGCAAGACUAAUUAGUAUUUAUGAAGGACACAACUUGUAUCACUUUGAAGAAAAAAAUGCUUUUAUACUGUUAGCUCUGAAGAACUAGCACUUUCUUCCCAAGAAGGCUCAUCUAGGUGUUUUUUUUUUCUUCCUCACAGAGCUGGAGGCUUAUCUUUUCUUCAGAUGAAGUUGCAUGGAGCUGGUUCGCUCUACCGCAAACCCGUAUUGAUCUAAUGUAGAUUUGAUGUAGCAUUGUUGCCCGUUUCAGUGUUGUGGAGGUGUGAGGAUUAGCCAGAAGGCACAAAAGUCAGAGCUGAAGGCCAAGUCUUGUGGUAGAUGCCACCACCCAAAAAGGUAUCUUGUAGAGGUAUCAUACUGGUAGGUAGCACUUAGCCAAGUAGCUAACUAGCGUGUCCACUAUAGCAGUAAAACCGCCAAGAAUAAUAAUAUAAUAGUGUUAUAUUCUGCAUUACAAAAGCAACAAUAACACAUUAGCAGCUUCAUUUUGUGUUGAAGAACUGUCAGACUGUUGGAUAGCAGCAACUUUGCAUGGUAAUGAAACUGCUAGCCGUGCCACUCUCCUGAACAAACUGUUGUGUAUAACAGCAGGAUUAACCUCGCUAAAAAAGCAGCUAACAUCCAGAAAAAAGCUGAAAGCUCGCCAAAAAAGCAUCGUGUGCUGAAGAGUUUUUAUGGUUUGCUAGCGUGACGGCUGUAGUCGCUGUUUUGACAAACGUUUAACGGCAACAUUAAUAACCUUACAAAAGGUCUAAAGUGUUCUUGUCAGGAACAAAAAUAAAUCUGCUAGCUAUAGCACACAGAAAUAAUCAGGGCUUGAUGAAUGUGUGUUAUAGCAGCAUUUACAGCCUCAAAACAGCAGAACAAGCAGCUCCAUAAAGAGGCAUCUUGUGGUAAAAAGGGUGGACUGGAGAAAAGUGCCUAGCCGAGUUUGCUAGCUAGCAUCACAGUUGUGGUCACACAUUAUUCAGCAGUGCUUUCUUGAACGAUCUGUUGGGUUUUAACAACUGUCAAAAAGCCUCAUAGAAAAGAAAUGCUCCCUGAGAAGAAAUCUUGUCUAGAAGGGCUUUCUGGUGGAAAGUGGCUAGCAAAAUUCGCUUGCUAGCGUGACAGCUGUAGCAGCACAAUAGCCUUUUCAGCAGGUCUCUCUUGACCAAAUUGUUAGCUUUAAAAGCCUAAAAAAGAAAAAGAAAAAAGAAAUAACAGCACCAAAAAAGACAUCUUUUUCAGAAAAAUAGAACAGUAAAUUCGGUUGUUAGCCACAGUGCUGGUGGCUACAGCUGCGCAGUAUUAGCAGAACCCUCAUGACCAGUUAUAGCAACCGCUGUUCCCUCAUGUGUGCUGUUCAUUAUCAAAGUGCAAAACAAAUUAACACAGUCUUUGCAUGUUAAUAGUAGUCCCGGUUAAUAGCAUAAGUAAGUGUGGAAAUUAUGCAGCAUUAAGAGGGUUUUUUGUCCUUAUACAUGAAGGUUGGAGUACUUUAAUUUGUGGAGAUCAGCCAUGGGUUAUGAAAGAGUGCGUUAGCGCGACGAUGAGUGUUUGAAUGGUUGGGUACUGCUGGUGAAGUGUUAUAAUUAGCUGCACACUCGCUCUCCUCUGCUGUGUUAGCAUAGUGCUGUUUAGUGGAUAUAAUUUAGCUGAGGCUCAGCUGUGUGACAGCAAAGUCUGUGUGUGUGAGAGUGGAAUGAAUGUGUGUGUGAGAGAAGUGUGCUGGCCCCGGCUACAGAAGAGUCAUUGAUCAGCUUCUGAGACUCAAUACACAAUGAGACCAGGCCAGCGAUCUCUCCGUUUCACUCGUUCUCUCAGUGCCCUCGUUUUGCAGUCCACCAUUCUUCUCUCCCUCUGCUCGUGGGGACAGGCGGUGCAGGCGGAGAACGUGACUGUUUUGGAGGGUGGGACGGCACAGAUCUCCUGUCGCCUCCAGAACUAUGACGGCUCCAUAGUGGUCAUCCAGAACCCGCGCAGGCAAACGCUUUUCUUCAAUGGGACACGAGCGCUGAAAGACGAUCGUUUUCAGAUGGUUCUCUUCACGCCGCGUCUGGUGCGCAUCACCCUGAGCAACGUGAGUGUGUCGGACGAGGGUGGCUACUUCUGCCAGCUAUACACCGAUGACACGCACCACCAGGUGGCCACACUGUCGGUGGUGGUGCCCCCGGAGGUGCCCUCAGUGGAGGUGAAGACGGAGGCGGUGGAGGGCGGAGAGGUUGAGCUCACCUGCUUGUCCCCCCGCAGCAAACCCCCCGCCACACUGCGCUGGGUCAGAGACCGCCGAGAAAUACCCGGUGUGGUGUCCCAGCAGGAGAACGGGAAGACGGUGAGCGUGUCCAACACCAUCCGUCUGCCUGUGGAGAGGAAGGAUAACGGUGCCGCCCUGAGCUGCGAGGCAUCCCACCCAGCACUGGUGGGCCAGAAGAGGGUGCGCCACUACCGCUUGGACGUACACUUCGCCCCCACUGUGAGGAUCAUCCCUCCCCAGGGAAUUCUCAGAGAGGGAGACUCACUCAGCCUUACCUGCUCUGUCACUGGAAAUCCACUGCCACGUAACAUCCAGUGGUCACGAGUGAACGACACUCUACCAGAGAGGGCAGAGAUCUCUGGCAACACCCUUGUCAUGUCUCGUCUCAGCCAGUCCCAUAAUGGCACUUACCUGUGUCAGGCGCAUAACAAUUACGGCCGUGCUGCUGACCACUACAUGCUGCUGGUGUACGACCCCGGGGCGGUGGUGGAGACCCACAGUGCAGUACCAUAUGCAGUCAUAGGGGGCGUUCUGGCUCUGCUGGUUUUCACCAUCAUCUGCGUGCUCAUCGUUACCAUCUGGUGUUCCGUCCGACAGAAAGGCUCGUAUCUGACGCAUGAAGCAAGUGGUCUGGAUGAGCACGGUGAGGUGCAGGAAGCAUUUCUCAAUGGGAAUGACACAAGUCAGGGCAAGAAGGAGUAUCUACUGUAACGGCCUGCAGUGGACGACCACAGAGCGGACACCACAGCCAAUCACACACACACACAAACACACACAUACACACACACACACACACACACACACACACAAACACACACAGCCCUUUUCCUAUCCACCAGAUCUGUGCCAUAUGAGGGCUGAGAGAGAGAGACAGUGAGAGUGAGAGAGAGAGAUAGUCUGGAGAGGACACUAAAUAACAGGUCACUAUUACGGAAAAACAUAUUUGUCUUGUUUUUAUGAAAUAAGAAAGUUUAAUGUGGUAUAUAAACAUUGUUAAGGUUUUAAAAUGUCUUGUUCGCUUGCCAGUCCAUACAUGUGAACUACGCUGCAAACAGCCUGUUUCGAAUUCAUCAUGGUGUGUCACAUCCAUGAACACAUUUACAUAUAAUCUUCCGUUCAGCCUACAGCAGUUUAGCUGCCCAUUCAUGUUGAAGUCUCAAAGAGUGUUGUUCCUGCAGACAGUCUGUACCAGAGUUGUUGGAGUGGAAGAUAUAAACAAUUAAAUGCUGUGCUGUUCCUGGCUGUCAAGAAGGCGAAUGAAUCAGUGCAGGUUUCCAAAUGAUCCACACAUUUGAAAGAAGCGACUUAAGUUUAUUUUUUCCAUGGUCCUUAGGCUGGCUAUACGCAGGGAAACUUUUAUGCAACUUUUAUUUUUUUUUGUGGGUUUCCUACGAAAUAAUCUCAGUGCAAAUUGACAGUUACACAGAGCAGUAAUAAAAAAAAGCUGCAUGCAAUACAUUCCAUUACUCUACUGGUUAGCCAAAUUAGCAGCUUAUAUUUUUCAUAUACCAUAGAAUUUUACUAUAAAGUCAUCCGUGAGGUCUUAUUGGCAUAUUUGGAGCAUCUUUGUUUUAUACAUCUCUAUAUCAGUCUUUUAUAUGUCAUUCAAGGGUUAUUUGCAAUUUAUUUAAGUUUUUAUCUGUUCAGAAUAUGCUAUUUUAGCAUUAGUGUUAGCUGGCUAGUUAAGCCAGCUGUUUACAGAAACAUUAGCUUUAAGGAUCCAAUUUGUUGUCAUGACACAGGAAGCUGAUAAAAUGAAAAGUCAGGGAGGGAGUCUCUUUUUCAAUUGACUAAUUUUCUGUUGUCCGUUUGUUGUCCACAGAUUGGUGAAAGCAGUUGUUCGGAAUUAUAUUGUGUGACAUGAUCAUGUGAUGAUCAUGAUCACAAAUGUGUAGUUGCCAUUUUGGAUUGGCUGAAGUUGAGAAAUAUGUAACUGUUUAGGCUGAGUUUCAAGUGAGUUGCAGGACACUUUGUUAUGCAACUCAAAUGCAAUUUAGUUCCAUAUUUCAAGCAACUACAGUUUCACCAUGUAAAGCCAGCCUUAGGAUUACAGUCCUAAUUUCCACAUCUCACCACAAAACAGGGCGGCCAAUAAGAACAGAGAUCAUUUACAUACAUAAAUCUUAAAGACCCAGCAUUAAAAAAUGAAUUGUGACUGUUUUGGUACAAAAUCCCACACACAGUUAUAAGUGGACUUCAGAAGAAAAUCUGAAAAAUAUAGAAUAUGGGCUCUAUUACACAAUAUCCCUAUUCCUGUACCUAAGCAGUGAGUAGGAGUCAUGAGAGAAAAGAGGCUCUCACUCCUACUAGAAUCAAGCCAAUCCAUAGCAGUGCACACACUAUCGAAUGUUCCAAUGUAAACAAACGAACCACUCUACCAGCUCUUUUAGCUUUUGGACUCCAAUCAAAGGCAAUCAGAAAUAAACCCCUGAGUACAUCAUCUUACACUCAUAAAUAAUUUUACACCAGCUCCUAGAUAUUGGCUGGUCAGGAACUGGAGAUGCACCAACUUAGAAUUUCUAGGCCAAUAACAAAAACUGAUCAACCACAGAUUUAUUAGCCUUUUUUAUUUAACAAGAAUUCCACACUGAGUGGUUUUCCAGAUCCAGAUUAAAGAGGUCCUAUUAUGCUAAUAUUCAGUGUUCGUACUUUUAUUUUAUUUUUGGUGUUUACUAAAUUAGAUCUACAUGCUUCAGUAUUCCAAAAACACAUUCUCUUGUUAACAGAAAUCUCUGUUACAGUUCCUGUGUCUUUAGGCCCUGCCUCCUGAUGAGCCCAGUGUGCUCUGAUUGAAUGCUAGAAGCUGCUAGAAUGGUUGAAAACAGUAGCAGCAUCCCUGUCUUGCGGUCUACAGACAGACCCCUCUUUCGUCACAGACUUAGAUUUCUUUACAGUGAUGGUGAUGAGCACCAGGAGUCACCAUGUCUACAACACAAAUAUAGUCAUUUUGUUUACUAUCAAAACAACCAGUGAAUAUACAGGUGUCACAAGUUUUUGUAUGUAAUAUUAAUAAUUGUAAUAAUGGUGAAAAAGUCUCUGGGGGAUACUUUGCUACUCAGUCAUGUCUAGCAUGUGCCCUCCACCAUAAAUGGUUUUGAACCAAAAACCUUCUUAGGCAUGGGGCAGCAUAUUCAUAACCAUCUCAUGUAAUAACUUUUUAUUUUUUUUUAUUUUUCCCCAAUUGUUUCCCCAAUUUAGUCAUCUCCAAUUCCACCCACUAGUUAGGACUCCCCCAAUCACACAAUACCACCAGUGUUAGGAGGGCGAAGGUUAGCACAGGCUUCCUCCAAGACAUGGGAAGUGACACAUCCUUUUGAACUGCCACUCACACAAUGUUAUUGGACAGCCAUAAAUGCUUGGAGGAAAAUGCCAACCGCCAGUUCUGUUACAGCUAACAGAUGUUUGCACUGACCAGUAUCGUGCUGAGUGACUGGGAGGGAGGUGGGCCAUCCUACCCACCCAGAGAGAGCGAGGCCAAUUGUGGUCUCUUGCACUCCUGACCAUGAAUGGCUGAACUCCUGAUGGAAUGGGUGAUCUCCUGAUGAUAGGGCCAACUCUUAGACGGUUGUGCCAUUCUGGGGUCCCACCUCAUGUAAUAACUUUCUUUGAGGGAGCUUUUGGAGAAAUUCUGGCCUGGUUCCUUUUACCACCCUAUGUGAACAAUUCUGACUCGAUCAUUUUAAGUCUUUGACAUCAAACAACUUUCAGUGAUUUUACAUGUUAAGCAUUUAAACAUGCAGACAUUGAGAAGAAACAGUAGAUUUUAGUGGAAUAACUUUCUGUGAGGGAGCUUGUAGGCUGUUUUCAGACUGCAGACAAACCAGAUUUGUUUCUCAAAUCAGAUCUUUUGAGAUGACUGUCUGUGAUGACAUUUGCAAGUGAUCAGAUCAGAUUUGUGAGUCCAGACAUCACCAACCUAUUUGUAUGGGUUGCUAUGGUAACAACGUAGACGUCGGCAACCACAUAUUGGCUGGUGACGUGGAUUUCAAACGUGGAUUCAGGAGAGAUGGGGUGCAUCAUCUCGCCCUCCAAACUCCAAAUUCUCUGGCAUAAUCUUGAAUCUUUGGUGCUCUUCCUGAAUCCCAGCACUUCUGCCACUCUGGAUUUGACAUUGUUGUUGUUUGUUAUGUUCCGAGUGACGCAAAAGACAUGUUGGAAUCCAAUCUGAUUAAACUCAGACUGAGACACUUCUGUUGAAAUCCAAAGGCAAUGGCAUUUCAAACCACCUCCAAAUGUGGUUUGGAUCUGAUGCUGUGCAUGUGGUUUUUUGCUGUCCACGCUAUGAAAUCAAUCAUGGUACAAUACCAAAAAUUAGAUUUAGACUGGCACUUUGAACAUUGCCUUGUAGACAGUAAACCCUUCAGACAUUUGUUUCCCAUCACAAUCACUGAGAACUACUCUGGCUUGGCUGGACGAUUACAUCUGAACCAUUUAGAGAUUUAGAAAAAUCGGUGGGAUUCUUCUUAAUUCCAUCUCCAGGAAGCAAGCACUGUAGAUGCUAGCUGCCUAGUGUGUAUAAACUGGUGGGAUGAUGACUUUUCAAAUGAUAAAUUAAAUUAAUAGUGUUCAGAGCUGCACCUCACCUCAACAUCGUCCAUUCUUCAAAGAUAACUUUUGUUUUUUCUUCUUAAACUGGGAAAAAAAUGUGCCAGCUCAAUGGUCAUAACUCCAAUAUUGGACCAAUAAUCGCAUUUUCUGAUGUAUCGUGCAACCCACACCCUCAACUUGGUCUUAUAACCUCUCCGUAUCUCUCUGUCUUAUUUGUUUAUUAAUAAUAAAGGCGUUAGAUGUGUCCUCUUUGAGAAGUGGGAGGUUACAGUGAUUACAGCCAGGUGUUAUUGGAGCCCUCUUGACCGGGAAAUGACGAGAAUCAGGAAAGUGAUGGAAAGAAAGUCGAGAAGGAAUAUUUUUUGAAUGCCACAUGCACACAAACACCUACAUACUCACACAUACUCAACAAACACAAACGAAACAUAUCUCUAAAGUCAUUAUUUGUACAAAAAAGUCAAAGUAAAUUAAACGAACCUUUUAAGAAGUGAACAAAAAAAAGUACUUUUGAGCGCAUUACCAAGCGAUGCUAUUAUACUAACACAGAAUAUUAGCCUAGAGAUACAAAACCGAACAAAUUACUGUUGAGUGAUCUUUAAAAAAAAAGAGAAAAUGUGAAAAAAAAAAAAAGAUUUCUUUAAAAGACACCUUGUUUUUUGUUUUGUUUUUUUAAUUAAUUAUGGUUUGGACUAUUAUGAUUGUUGUUAUUAUUAUUGCUGUUAUUAUAAUUGUAAAUUGUACACUUUUUUCUUUUUCGUUCCUCUCUAGAAAAACCCAGUCGUUCUGCUUCUUCUCCUCUCUUUUAUCCUCUUCUCCCUUUCUUGCUCUUUCUAUCAUUGUGCCAGUUUGUCUCCAGUCUCUUCCUCUUUGUCUUUCACCCAUGUGUUUUUUUUUUCCUUCCUCUUUCUUUUUUCUUUUUAUAGUCUUCACGUCGCUGUUGAUAUAGCUAACUGUGUUUCUUUAUAGGAGAAAGACACCGAGCACGACAAAAUAAAAACAUACUUCGAAGAA